AUGGCUGCAGCUAUUAUCAAGUCUGCCAUAGAUGCAAUAUCUUCUGCAGAUCUGUCACCAACUGAACAUUUGCUCCUGAAACAUUUCGUCGAAGAAGCCACCCACCCUGAAGUUGCAGCAAAAUACAUACAAUUAAUAAUUAGUCAAGACAAAAACGAUGUGGAAAGUAGGUUGCGUCAAUUCAAAGUGGAUUGGAGGAAGUUGGCGAGUCGGCUAAUGGCUUUUGACCCUAUUUCUGAACGCCUCGAUGCUUUGGUUCGGGAUGAAGACGGGCCAUAUUGCACCGUGACUAUGUUCCGAGAAAGUGAUACGAGACCGGCGCCUAAGCCUGUUGAAUCUUCUCACGUGAUCCCUCCCUCCUUUCUUCAAAACAUCGAGUCCGCCGAAGAGGGACGCUUACUUAUCAUCCUGGAAGCCUUUCUUUCUACAUCUCAAGUUGAUCGGUUGAGAACAUUGCUUUCUGGUCGCAUUCGAAACGAUGCGAUCUUUUUACAAAAUCUUUGGUUGCUUUCCCCGAGUAUGCAUAAAGCCUUUCGUACUGGUCACAUAGAAGUACGGAAGAGGAUUGAUGAACCCGAUGUUGUGGAUACUGAGGCCUUACAGGUAGAGAUGUAUUAUGCAUUGGCAAUGAAGCAUCCAGAGACACCCAGAAAUCUCUUUUUUGGAAACGGGGUCUACUUUUCAGGAUUUAGAGCGUGGUUUAGUAUAUCCACAACUAAUCCCAGAAACCUCCCUUUGCCGAGCGAUUUUCUCUUUGACAUCCACCGCCGUUUUACUACUGCCCUCCAUCUCUUUAGCAUUGAGGAUAAAAUCAAUCGUGGGUGGCCCAAGCCUAGUAUUCUACAACAGCUAUUCAGAUUGCCUAUCUCAAUAUUCAAAAGAGAUUUUCAUAGAUUGUGGUUGUGGGCACCAGUCUCCACACGAUUAUACUGCUAUCGCCACAUGAUUGCGAUCGGGAAACGGAUCUAUGGACCAGAGGAUGUACACUGGGUUCAACGAGUUCCCUUCGGACUUUAUAUCAAAAAGACCAAUGGAACCUCCUGGAAUGAAUCGAAUGCUCUCAACAUGGUCGAGCGAUACACCUCUAUCCCGGCCCCUCGAAGCGUCGAUGUCAUCGAAGAUUCAAAGACUAGAACUACCCUCUUAGUUAUGACACGAGUACAUGGUCAAAGGCUUAAAGAAUCGAUAAAUCUAAUGUCAUAUGCGGAAAGGGAUCAACUUGUAGAUGACCUCGCAAAGUACGUCUCACAGCUAAGAAAAAAUCCAAACACCACUCCCUACCUCUUCGCGGACACGCUAAGUGGACCUAUGUAUGACCACCUCAUCCCGAAUCGAAUCGGCGGACCUUUUCAUACCGAAUUAGAUCUCAACAUAUAUAAAUUCAGUGAGGUGGGCGGCAAUGAUGUCACGUUAGCAGAAAUUUAUGACGGCGAAGAAAAUAUACCUCAAGGCCACCGGUCAUUCUUCACACAUUCGGAUUUGCAUUUUUCCAACAUAAUGGUGGAUCAAGGACGUCUUUGUGGACUUAUCGAUUGGGAAUGCGAUGGUUUCAAACCGGAAUAUUGGGAGUUCACACAUGCGAUCUUUGGGGUUUGGGGCCGUAAAGAUCUGAUGACGAUGUUUCAAAGGAUAUUUGGAAAUCAAUAUGAUAAAGUUCUUAAGACGGAGGAGAGACUGUGGAGAUUGUCACCAGUGUUUUGA